UCCCACUGUAGAAUAUGGCGGAAGGAUUCUGACAAAAUGCUGAAACUGAAUUGUCUUCUCCGGCCGGACUACUCCCUCAGAUUGACCCAUGACAUCAGCCCUGAAAAUCUCCCAGAAGAUCUCCAUGACUACGAAUCCGAACUUAAAAAAGAGCAAUAUAUUCUGUCAUGCCUGACAAGGCGUGUUCAUUCACCCGAGGCAGAAUGCAGCAAAGACGAGGGCGAUGAGAAACAAGAGUUAUCCCCCUUACAGAUAAAACAGAAAACCUUAGAACAACUAAACAAUGUUAUAAAUAACCAAUACCACAGCUCAAAGAAUCACUGCGACGGCAAGCUCAGCAAGAAAGCCCCGGGAAACGUGAGUCAGGGUGACACACAAUUAAUCACGGACUUACAGAUAAAGAAUACAGCAGCAAAAAGGCCCAGUACGUUGACAAACAAUCACGUGGUCAAACCCGUGUUAACCAGAGGAUCUAGAAAACCGCGAAAAUUACCUGCUGUUCCCUCAACCCAGAACCACGUGAUAGUGACCCCAAGUAAAGUACCAGAAGUCAAACCUAUAAACGAGAAAUGUUUGGCAGACGAACUUCAGGAGGCGUUAUUGCGCGGAGACAGUGACGAUGUGUUUCUCCCUGAUCAGUCCCCCAAACAGGGGAAAGUCUACCCUAAAUUCAGUAAGCAGUACCUAGAUGAACUGAAAAGUGUCUGCUUCAACUCAGUGUCUGGCAAUACGGCGCCCUGUUUGUCGUCAGACAACGUGUAUUUGUCAGAGGACUCCGUGCCCGAUACCAGACCGAGGUCACGAUCACGUCAUAAUUCCGCUGACAUGCGCCAUCUGUCGACAGAAAGUGCAAGUCACUUAUCAACAGACUCAUAUAAAGAUGCUGAUGUAACAGCACCAAAGCAAACCGAAAGAGAUGAUAGCAGGACAUCUUCCAUUAUGACACAAAAACGCAUAGCGGCCAAAGACCAAACUAAAUACACAACUUCAAAAGAGGAAGUGGGCGAGACAACAGCUUCCGCUUCCGCUCUUAUUACGUCAGAUGACCGACGAAGAAGGGAUAGCGGUGAUGAUUCCAAUCAGAAAUCAGCGUCGGUUUUUGGGGACACUAACUUUCUUGAUUUGGAGGUCACACACAGGGGCAUGCACCGAUUCAUUCCACGGCAUAAAGACGAGGUCGCCAUAGAGAUAGGAGACCCAUUACACGUGUUCCGUCUUGAUGAUGACCUUUGGUGUGAAGGAGUAAAUUUACGGAGUCUAAGACGAGGGAUUUUCCCAUCAAUGUACGCCACAGAUCUAAACUUCUUAGAGGAGGCAGAUACUGAUGGGGACGGAAAUUUUCACUUCAAUAUGAGAUUCCUAGGCUCAGUGGAGGUCAGUGGUCAUAAAGGAGACGACGUUCUAUGCCAGGCCAUCAAUAAGGUGGCGCUGUCCCGCCGUUCUGCAAAAACCUCCAUACCACCACCUAUCGUCUCCGUGGAGAUCAGCCAGUACGGAAUACGCAUGCUCGACAAGAGUAAAGCAGGGCACGAAACAAACGACCAUUUCACUCAUUUCUUUGCUUUGAAGAAUAUAUCAUUCUGUGGGUUUCAUCCCCGAAAUGAACGAUAUUUCGGGUUCAUUACGAAACACCCAUCGUCAUAUCGCUUCGCAUGUCAUGUAUUUCUGGGCGAGAAAUCGACGAGAUCGGUCUCGGAUGCUCUCGGGGAUGCGUUUAAGAGAUUUUAUCAGGAGUAUAUGGCAUUUACCCAUCCUACAGAGGAUAUCUAUAUGGAGUGAUGAACCAGAGUAGGCGGGGCUCAAUCUUCAUAUCACGUGAUGAACUAGAGUAGGCGGGGCUCAAUCUUCAUAUCACGUGAUGAACUAGAGUAGGCGGGGCUCAAUCUUCAUAUCACGUGAUGAAUCAUCAUUGACCUUUAAAAAUCACGUGAUGAACAAGAUGGCAUGGACGGGGCUUCUUCUUCAUAAAUCAGCAACAUCGCCAUAACGAGUAUAAUACCGCCUAUACUUAUAUAUGAUACGGGCUCUGGGAGAAAGAUUUUUCUAUUCCCAUAAAAGACAACAUAGUAUAGGCAAAACAACGUACAACAUAAUGAUUCUCAUGUAAUCUGAAAAACAUUUCUGGAUAGUUCCGACAAAAUACAUCUACAUUUGACUUUCCAUACAACCAUGAACAAAGGGUUCUAACCCUGAAGGAUAAAAAUCACAAUUAAUAUUGAAAAUUAUUCUGAGAAAGAAGACUAUUUCUUGAUGGAUAGUACAGUAUAUGACCAUAAGUGAGUCAUAAUUGCACUUUUUACACUAUAUAUUUCAUUGAAAAAACCAAUUUUUAUAAAAACUUAUUGUGAGGUCAAUUUUAGCCCAAUAUCCAUGAUUUUUUCACUAAAUCGUACAGAAUUAUUCAAAUUUUCUUGUCUUAUAAUGCUAAACAAAAUGAUACACCAGUCAUUGAGAAUAAUUUAUUAAA